CAACCUCCUUGGAGAGUUUAUCGGUAUCCCAUUCAUUUUAUUGUUAUUUUGUGCUUUUCCCUCUUACACUACCUCUUUUGCACUUUUUACACCAUUUCUCCCUCUCUCGCACACAAAACUGAUAAGAACCCUGGGGUAAUCCAAUUAAUGCAUAAAAUUGGCUUUUUCUGCCUAUUCCAAUCAGUUGUGUGCUGAAUCGCGACCGCAAGUGAAGUGUGAUCGUAAUUAUUAUGCACUCCAUUGAUCUCUUCUCAUCCACUUGCUAUAAACCACACAAGGCACGAUCUGAGAGCUAUGGACCCAAGAAUCAUCCCAUCAAUGUUCUACGGUACAAAUUCCCAACAAAAGUCCCGGUGAUUCUGGAGCGAUAUCGCAAUGAAAGGGAUCUUCCAGAUAUUGGUCAGAGGAAAUAUGUUAUCCCACAGGAGAUGUCCAUGUCACAAUUUCAUCAGAUGGUGCGUCAACGGAUGAAUCUUUCACCCUCGAAAGCUCUCUUCUUCCUGGUCAAUAAUCGCACAAUGGUAUCCCUUGGGAAAUCCCUUCUGGAAGUUUAUGAUGAAUUCCAAGAUGUUGAUGGGUUCCUGUACAUCACAUAUGCCUCUCAGGAUGUCUUUGGAAUGACACCCUGCCCUGAUCUCUAGACACCGGCUGCUCGUGUGGGAAUUUUGGCGGCAAAAAUUGCACCCAUGCCAUUCAGUGCACACAAAAAAAAGUUAUUCCAACCGCGUUUCAGCGGUGAUAAUAGAAAUUUUAUAUUCAAUAACGACGGAGGGUUAUCUCAUGUUUAGUUUAGACAGAUUAAUUAUUAAUCAAUUAAUGUUUCAAGUCAUAAUUUUUUAAUCUCUGUAUUGUAAUGUGGCAAAACUUUCUCUCUUCUCUCCCAUGUCUCCUUUAUCACACGAUACUUCGAUGUGCUAUCGCGCAGGAAGAACAAUUAACAUAAAUUUUCCACUGAGUCCCCGCAACUACUAGAAGCAAAUAAUCGAGCAAUUGAUAAAAGUGACAUGAUAUUGUAAACAAGAUGCAAAAACACAUUAAUAAUUGUAUAAUAAAUUUUUAUUUUAAUAAUAGACUUUUAUAGACACUUUUUAUACCAUAUUUUGCAUAUUUUUUCGCCUUUUUUUUGUCUUCUCCACACACUCGAUAAAUGUAUUGAACUUGUAAGAUUGGGGGGAAAAAGGAGUAAAAUUAUCUACACAA